CUCAAAGAUAGCGUACCCCUCUCGCUCACUGAACCUCUUUGAAGUGGCCGAAACAGAACUUAGACAACAGUGCUCCCGUGAUGGGCUCAUGACACUGGCUUGAGGGCGUUGCUCAGUGCACCACAUCAAACCCUGAAAGACAUGGCCCAGCCCCGCACCGUCAUCAUUGGCAUCAGCGGCUGCUCCUCCAGCGGCAAGACCACGCUGGCCCGGCUACUACGCGACAUCUUCCCCGAGACCUUCAUUCUCCAUGAAGACGACUUCUACAAGCCCGAGUCAGAACUCCCUCACAAAGAUGGAUUCCUCGACUGGGACUGUCUUGAAGCAAUCUCCAUCCCCGACCUCGAGGCUGCCCUGCGCCACAUCCGCGAAACGGGCUCAGUACCACCCACGCUCCUCUCCAUACAAGACCUGAACUCCGUCGGCCCCUGCCCGGCCACGCCCUCGCAGAUCGCCGACUGCGCCGCCAGAGUCCGCGCCUGGCUAUCCCCAGGCCAGCCGGGCUCGCUCAUCUUCCCAGGGGCGGCGUCCCAUCCCCCUUCCGAGCCCGCAACCGGCCCCAACCCCAACAACCCCAACCCCAACUCCGACCAACCACAACCCCCAGCAAAACGACCAGCCCCGCCAACCCGCCUCUGCAUCCUCGAGGGCUUCCUGCUCUACGCGCCCCGGCCCCACCCGCUGGCGGAGCACGUCACCUCGCUGCUCGACAUCAAGCUCUUCCUGCGCGCGAGCCGGGAGGCCGCGCUGCGCCGCCGCGCCGCCCGCGACGGCUACGUCACGCUCGAGGGCUUCUGGAAGGACCCGCCGGGCUACGUCGAGCGGGUGGUCUGGCCCAACUACGUCGACGCGCACCGCUGGCUGUUCGAGGGCGGCGUGGUCGAGGGCGGCCGGGUGGACGCGGCGGUUCUGGCCAGGGAGGGGAUUCGGGUCGUUGAUCGCGUGGUUCGUCGUUCUGGGGAGGGGGGAAGGGAAAAGGAAGGGGAAGGGGAGGUGGUGGAGGUGGAGCAGGAGGAGGAUGUGGAGUUUGGGAAGGUGUUGGAGUGGGCUGUGAGGGUGGUCAUGGAGGAGUUGGAGCGGAUCUGCUUGCCGCGGAAUGAAGUAGGGAAGUGAAAGGGAGGGAGGAGCAGGGGUGUGCGACUUUUAUGAAUUAUAGAGGAGAGGGGAGGCGAGAGUGGGAAGACGGCGUAUAAGGGCCGGUAGA